AUGGAACCACUGCCUGGAGGUGUUCCUACGGUUGCGGGCCGUACGCCCAUUGCUUGCCAAAAUUGCGCCAACGCCAAAACCGGUUGUGAUAAACGGGUGCCCUGCUCGCGCUGCGCAGAGAAGAACCUACCUUGCGCUGCCCGUUUUGCCCGCCGCUCGUCCAAAGCUGCCGUACGCGCGGCCCAAGCCAGUGCUGCUGCCGCCGCUGCCGCUGCAGCAUUCACAGCGCAGAUGGCGACAUCGCCAACGCACUCUGUCGGGCCCCAACCUUUGACACCGGCAGCAUUUAUUGACUUGGAACACCAACAACAGCAGCAGCAUCAUUCUUCAAUGGUUGUGGCCGGAACAAGCGGUAUGAAGCUUGACUCGCCUCCGUUGCGGACGCCGUUGGGAUUAGAGCAAAUGGUUGUUGGUGACGCAACAGGUCUAAAUAUGUGUCUUUCCGAUCCGAGUGUGGGACUCGCACCUUCUCAGCUUCACCAUCAACACCGCCACCAUUCGCACCAGCAGCAGCAGCAGCAGCAGCAGCAGCAGCAACCGCACCAUCUGCAUCAGCACGCCCACAUGCAACAUGUCCAGCUCCAGGAUGCGGCACACCCAUUUGGCCAAUCCAAAAAGUCUCCGCUGCAAAUGAACAACCACUUGAGCCCCGACAACUUCAACUCCCCGCAAGGCGUCCGUGGCGUGGACGGCCUAGAUGAGUUUAUGGGCUUUGGGGGCAGUGACGAUUUCGUGGGACCGGAAACGAGCUACCAGGAUCUCAUCUGGGCCGAUUACCCCAUGGAUAUGGACAUUUACGCCAAUCCACUGCAGCUGGGCCGGCCAUCGGACAUGGCUGCUGCCGCCGCUGCUGGUCUGAUCCCGCCAUUCACGGCGACGACAGAGCUGAGCGACAUUUCUUCGAGCUCGGAGCCGAUGACCGUGUCUUCAUCGCAGGGCUCGGUACACACACGUGGCACCAGCAUCCUGUCUUCGACCGGCACGGGCGAGUAUGAAGGGCGUAAAAACAGCACGGCCAGCACCGGCCAUGGUUUGAACAGCAUGAGCGAUCUUGGCCGCGUUGCUAGCAGCAUCCACGUAAACGGGAAAAGCUUUGUCCAGCAGCAGCAGCAGCAGCAGUACUUGCAGCAGCCGUUGACCAUGUUCGAUAUGGCGGCCAUGGCGCCAUGCAGUGAAGGCAGCAUCCCCGAGUUUGAGGUCGUGGUCGCAUCCGAGGCAGCCUGGCCGUUGGCCCGCUGUACGCCGCCCAUCUACUCGGGCGCUUGUCCUCGGACAGCCAUCGUGCACCUGGAGUGUCUGGAGCAGAAGUCCAAACAGGAUGGAACGUGGACAGCGCUCGAGCAAUUCCUCGACAGUCACCAGGCGGAAACAAUAAACGCGCCCCAAGUUGUGCCGUUGACAUCCCGGUCCCGCGACAAAAUGCUCGCCAUCACACAGAGCUUCCUUCACAAGGCUCUGGAUAUUCAUCGGUCUGGUAUGUAUCCAAAGAACGGGGCUACGAGCCCUGGGUCAGCAGACUUCAACUUCAACUUCAUCGUUCUGCCCCCAUCGCGUAUUCUGGAGUAUUUCCUCAAGAGCUACGUGCACAGCCUGGCUAUUUACUACCCCCUGAUUGUGGGCGGCGUUGUGGAUCCGAACGAGAUGCUCGACAACAGCCAAGCGUCGACGCUUCUGGUGCUGCUCAUGAUUGCACAAGGUGCCGCAACAGUGCCUAUGGCAGAGGCACGCUACCUGUCUGCCGGCCUCUCUGAGACGUGCCGCAUCUCUUUGUUCGACAUUAUUGAGAAGAAUGUCGAGCUGUCUGCCGACCCGACAGCACUGCGGUGCGCGCUUCUGUUCACGCUCCUGGGUGCAUGGAGUGGUGACAAGUGGCAGAUGGAUAUUGCAAUGGGCCAGCGCAGCAUGUAUCUUUCGAUGCUAAAACAUGCCGGUAUGCUCGAGCCACAGCCAUCGAUGGUCCCCAGCCUGGGCAGCCCUAUGAACGCAGAGCUUCGAUGGCGCUCGUGGCUGCACCGGGAGUCGCAGAACCGGCUCGUUUAUAACUGGGUCAUGGUCGACCAGGAAUUGAGUCUGUUCCACGACACUGCGCCUGUUCUGUCCAUCAGCGAUCUUCAGUGCCCUCUGCCGAGCUCGGAGGCACUGUGGCUUGCCCCCACGGCCGAACGUUGGGCCGCCAUCGCCCAGAGCACCUACAGCACAAGCUCCAAUGCGAGUAGCAGCAACAGCGCCUCGGCAUCGUCAGUCACCCCAUCGCUUUGCGAGCUCUUCCAGGAUUUCUUGCACGACAACCUCGCUCGCCGCAAGACCACGCUGUCGCCACAGCAGCUGCGCCUUCUUCUGCACCCGCUUCAGGGCCUUCUCUGCCAUUUGCGCCAGAUGCUGUCUUGCCUGCCCGAGGUGCCCCCGGUACGCCGCACCACAAACCGCACAGUCACCAAGGCUUCGACUAUGCAGCGUCUCGAAGAGGUUCAGGCACAGCUGCAGCACUGGUACGAGCUGUCCAUGGCUUAUUACAAGGCAAAUCCGGGCUGCGCCGUCACAAAGUGCAAUUUGGUACUUUACCAUCUAAUCUCGCUCAAUGCCGUCACCAAUUUCCCAGAGAUCGAGCGCCUUGCCCGCCGCGAUGGAUUCUCCAACUCCACCGAGCCCUCCGUGCGGCACAAGCGCUGCAUCUUUCUACGCGAAGAGGCUAUUUUCCAUUGUGGCCAGGUUCUACGUGUCCUGCGGCAGAUGCCCUCUGACCGUCGCCCCAGUUGGUGGAGCGCUGCGCUGUAUCGGGCCGUCUUGAUUCUCUGGGCCGAGAGCGUCUGUCACUUGGACAGCAACGCGGCGGAGCAGCAGCAGACGGGCAAUGAGCCGAGUAAUAUCGCUGCUUCUGCUGCCGGGUCGCGGUCAGCGGUUGCAGGUACUGCAUCACCGACAUUGAUAGGAUCGCCUCUAAAGACGGGCCCGACACUGUCCCCAGGCCUGAGCCCCCGGAGCCAGGGUGGUCACCCGAGCGGGAAUGGCGUGAGCGAUGGUGCCAAUGCGCCAUCCUCGAGUGCCACGUCCCUCGUCGCCAUUGACAGCGUGACCCCGGAGGACCAAGCAGUCAUUGCCUACCUCUGGGGAGGCGACGGUGUCACAGCCGUUCUGACCCACAGCGAUGGCAGGCACUUUACGCUCGACACGCCCUCGGAGAUUCUGGCGUACGGCGUCAAGCGCAUUGACGAGGCUUCCAGCACGCGCAUCAGCGACGGCAUCCGCCGCAAGCUUCUUUCACUGGCAAGCAACUGGGCUGGUCAAGUACUAGUUUGA